AUGACGGCGCCCUGGGCGGCCCUCGCCCUCCUCUGGGGAUCGCUGUGCGCGGGUUCCGGACGUGGGGAGGCCGAGACGCGAGAGUGCAUCUACUACAACGCCAACUGGGAGCUGGAGCGCACCAACCAGAGCGGCCUGGAGCGCUGCGAGGGCGAGCAGGACAAGCGGCUGCACUGCUACGCCUCCUGGCGCAACAGCUCGGGCACCAUCGAGCUGGUCAAGAAGGGCUGCUGGCUGGACGACUUCAACUGCUACGACAGGCAAGAGUGUGUGGCCACCGAGGAGAAUCCCCAGGUGUACUUCUGCUGCUGCGAAGGCAACUUCUGCAACGAGCGCUUCACCCACUUGCCGGAGGCGGGGGGACCAGAAGUCACGUACGAGCCACCCCCGACAGCCCCCACCCUGCUCACGGUGCUGGCCUACUCGCUGCUGCCCAUCGGGGGGCUCUCCCUCAUCGUCCUGCUGGCCUUCUGGAUGUAUCGGCAUCGCAAGCCCCCCUACGGCCACGUGGACAUCCACGAGGUGAGACGGGCAGCUCGGGGCAGGGCUGGGGCGGGAGGCAGGGGGAAGGAGGGGAGGGCCGGCAGGUCGCCUCAAGCCCUUGUUCCGCAGGACCCGGGGCCUCCACCCCCAUCCCCUCUUGUGGGCCUGAAGCCACUGCAGCUGUUGGAGAUCAAGGCUCGGGGGCGCUUUGGCUGUGUCUGGAAGGCCCAGCUCAUGAAUGACUUUGUGGCUGUAAAGAUCUUCCCACUCCAGGACAAGCAGUCGUGGCAGAGCGAGCGGGAGAUCUUCAGCACGCCCGGCAUGAAGCACGAGAACCUCUUGCAGUUCAUUGCCGCCGAGAAGCGAGGCUCCAACCUGGAGGUGGAGCUGUGGCUCAUCACAGCCUUUCACGACAAGGGCUCCCUCACGGAUUACCUCAAGGGGAACAUCAUCACAUGGAACGAACUGUGUCAUGUGGCAGAGACCAUGUCACGAGGCCUCUCGUACCUGCAUGAGGAUGUGCCCUGGUGCCGUGGCGAGGGCCACAAGCCUUCUAUUGCCCACAGGGACUUUAAAAGCAAGAAUGUAUUGCUGAAGAGCGACCUCACGGCCGUGCUGGCUGACUUUGGCCUGGCCGUUCGGUUUGAGCCAGGGAAGCCUCCGGGGGACACCCAUGGGCAGGUAGGCACCAGACGGUACAUGGCCCCCGAGGUGCUUGAGGGAGCCAUCAACUUCCAGAGAGACGCUUUCCUGCGCAUCGACAUGUACGCGAUGGGGCUGGUGCUGUGGGAGCUUGUGUCUCGCUGCAAGGCCGCAGAUGGCCCCGUGGACGAGUACAUGCUGCCCUUCGAGGAGGAGACCGGCCAGCACCCGUCCCUGGAGGAGCUGCAGGAGGUGGUGGUACACAAGAAAAUGAGGCCGGCCAUUAAGGACCACUGGCUGAAGCACCCGGGCCUGGCGCAGCUGUGCGUCACCAUCGAGGAGUGCUGGGAUCAUGACGCAGAAGCUCGCCUGUCGGCAGGCUGCGUGGAGGAGCGGGUGUCCCUGAUCCGGAGGUCGGUCAACAGCACUACCUCGGACUGUCUCGUCUCCCUGGUGACUUCGGUCACCAAUGUGGACCUGCCCCCUAAAGAGUCCAGCAUCUAAGCCCAGGACACAAGCAUCUCUCCAGACUCAGUGGUUCUGAAGAAAAAAAAAAAUAAUAAUAAUAAAAGGAGAAAAAGUUGUGUUUUGUUUUGGAAAUCCCAUAAAACCAACAAACACAUAAAAUGCAGCUGCUAUC